GCCCGCCGCUGCCGCCAUGCCCUUCUCCAACAGCCACAACGCGCAGAAGCUGCGUUUCCCGGCCGAUGAUGAAUUCCCUGACCUGAGUUGCCACAACAACCACAUGGCCAAGGUGCUGACCCCCGAGCUGUACGCUGAGUUGCGCGCCAAGACCACGCCGAGCGGCUUCACGCUGGACGACGUCAUCCAGACGGGCGUGGACAACCCGGGCCACCCGUACAUCAUGACCGUGGGCUGCGUGGCGGGCGACGAGGAGUCGUACGAUGUGUUCAAAGAGCUCUUCGACCCCAUCAUCGAAGACCGGCACGGUGGCUAUAAACCCAGCGAUGAGCACAAGACCGAUCUGAACCCAGACAACCUGCAGGGCGGCGAUGACCUGGACCCCAACUACGUGCUGAGCUCGCGGGUGCGCACCGGCCGAAGCAUCCGCGGCUUUUGCCUCCCUCCACACUGCAGCCGCGGGGAGCGCCGCGCCAUCGAGAAGCUGGCUGUGGAAGCCUUGUCGAGCCUGGACGGCGACCUGUCGGGCAGGUACUACGCGCUCAAGAGCAUGACCGAAGCAGAGCAGCAGCAGCUCAUAGACGACCACUUCCUCUUUGACAAGCCCGUGUCGCCCCUGCUGCUGGCCUCUGGCAUGGCCCGCGACUGGCCCGACGCCCGCGGCAUCUGGCACAAUGACAAUAAGACUUUCCUGGUGUGGAUCAAUGAGGAGGAUCACCUGCGGGUCAUCUCCAUGCAGAAAGGGGGCAAUAUGAAGGAGGUGUUCACCCGCUUCUGCAAUGGUCUCACCCAGAUUGAGACACUCUUCAAGUCGAAGAACUACGAGUUCAUGUGGAAUCCUCACCUGGGCUACGUGCUUACCUGCCCAUCCAACCUGGGCACGGGCCUGCGGGCUGGUGUGCACAUCAAGCUGCCCCACCUGGGCAAGCAUGAAAAGUUCUCCGAGAUACUCAAGCGGCUGCGGCUGCAGAAGCGAGGCACAGGUGGUGUGGACACGGCCGCCGUGGGCGGGGUCUUUGACGUCUCCAAUGCUGAUCGCCUGGGCUUCUCGGAGGUGGAGCUGGUGCAGAUGGUGGUGGACGGUGUGAAGCUGCUCAUCGACAUGGAGCAGCGGUUGGAGCAGGGCCAGCCCAUCGACGACUUGAUGCCGGCCCAGAAGUGAGCCUGCUCCGCUGCCAGCCCGCCGCUUCCUAACUUAUUGCGGGGCCGCGCCUCCUGCCGCCACGCUGGCUGCCGAGCCCUUAGCCUUGCUGUAGACUCCGCUGUUGACCGCUGUAGAGUUUAUUUUUUGAUGGCUAAGGUGUUGCUGAUGCUGAAAUAAACUAGGGUUUUGGCCUGUCUCGGUCU